AUGAACAAUCACAACAACAUCAAGAAAGAGCCGCAGGAUUACUCCAAUAUGCGCCCGGACGCUCACCACGACUCGCGACAAGACCUGCGACCAAUUCCUUCAAAUGCUGCUCCUACUCCAUCACUGGCUCCUCCACAGGCACCCUACGAUCAAUAUCCAUACUAUCCUCCUAUCCAAAUGCAGCAGGGUGCCUACUACCCUAUAAUGAGGCCGGGAAUGCUUCCCCCUGGUGUGCAGCAAAUGAUGCCUCUCCAGGGCCAGAAUUCGGUUCAGCCUAUGGGCCAGAAUAUGGGCCAGGGUACCCCGAGAGACCCAACGGCGCCCACACAACAACAGCAACAACAGCAGCAACAACAACAGCAACAUAAUCAGCCCCAAAACGCUGGGGCCUAUCCUACACCAGGACAGUACGAAGAAAGGUUCAAAUAUCAAAGCUACAGACAGGCCUCUCCGGGCCAACAACACCACCCACUGAAUAGUACGCUGUCCAGUUUACUGGAAGCCAAUGAAUUGGCAGCACUGCAAGGUCAUGGAAUGCCGGUUCUGCGCGGGCAAUCGACACCAUUGCUGAACAAUAACGUGAUUGGGCCCAAUGGGAGCGGGCCAGCGCCAGGAGUCAUGCUCACGCCUGUAAAUCGAAGCGCACAUCUGGCUCUGGCUCCGGCUCAAGUGCAGCCACCUCCAUUGAGUCAGGCUCCAACUCAGUCAAAACCACAGUCACUUACACCAGGACUGAGUGAGACUUAUAUCAAGCCAAUCAGGACGGCGUCGUAUCCACGAAAACGGUCUCAUACUGCUUGUGACACAUGCAGACAGAAGAAAAUCAAGUGUGACAAUGUGAGACCGCUAUGUGGAGCCUGUAAGCGGAACAACAACCAGAAUUGUCGCUACUGCACUGAUGAGCCAGGUUCUGACUACUCGGGUUACGACCCGGCAUCUAUCAACAUUUUGGCUAAGCUUGAUGUGAUCCUUCGCCAAUUGCAGGGAGAAGAAGAGCUCCUGACUUCGCGCCCAACAAAGCGACGUCGCCAAGCGAAAGGAGUACACUACUUUCAACACUGCUUAUGGGAUAUGUCUCUCACCUCUGUUUUAAAAUGGGGGUACCUCCAGAAAGUAUUAGGAACUUCAAUGGAUGAUGCAAUUGCUCAUUCUGGACGAUUGAUCAGGGCUUACGAGGCCUCGGAUCGUUCAUUUCCCUUCUCAACUUCACCAAAUGCUCGUUUCGAAGCUUGUGACUCAGUAGAGCGACUUCUAAACCUGGAGUUUUCAACUUUCACAAACUCGUUUCUCAUUAACUGCCAUACCAAAGUGCCUUGUGUGGAUAUUAUCACACUUAUCGAAUCGGCAGAGAUUUACACCUUGAUGAAACGUGCGGAUGAGAAUUUCACUUUCAUUUCCAUGCUUGAGGAGUUUAGUCAGCUCAAACCAACAGAGAGAGUGUCCAAAUCGUAUAAGGCUGCUAUUUCCAAAUUCAACAUCGAGGAUUCCCGCAUUCGUCAAAGGCUGUACCGGACAUGCUGUGAAUCGGUGCCAUUACUUUUGGUCAUUUGUGCUAUUGGGGCACUAGCUACGCCUAUCCGUUUGGACAAUAUUGGAACAUUUGCCCUGUCUCUCGAAGAGAAGAACGAUGUCAGCAUAGGUUGUUCUGACCUAUCCUCCGGAGACGAAAAUAUCCCGCGCAAGAGAUAUCAGCUCAGUCAGAUGCUUGUGUCUUAUGCAAUAAUGAUAUCCUUGAUUUUCCCUAACUCCCUUCGACCCAAUUCGAUCGUUUCUGUGGAAUACCACAUUCUUUGCAGUCAAUACUACCAUUAUAUAAUGGACCCUCUCCUGGCACAUCGUGAAAUUGUUGUCGCAAGUACUGAAAUGAUGUAUUUCCUACAGAAAGAAUCCGCAGGAGGUGACAGCUCGAAGCUGCCUGAAUACGUUCUUAAUGGAAAGCGACUGGUCGUUGACCGUCUCUUUUGGACAUGUUUGAAACUCGAAUGUGAGUUACGGACAGAAUUGAGUCCCCAUGUUCCUCUUUCUGGAAUUACACAAAUGGUGCCCCCAUCAUCAUUCAUGAGAAUUCCUGACCCUCUUCUGGAAGAUGAGCAUUUACCCGAAUGUAUCCGUCUUGCUAACAAAUAUGACGAUCAGUACUCUUGGUUUUAUUUUUUGACUGAGAUUGCAGUAAGAAAAGUGGAUAACAAGCUCUUUGACGAGAUGUAUUCUGCGGAUGCAGCGAAGGAUUUACUUUGGGAUCAACCAAAGUUUGCCGAGAAUACAGUGUGGAACUUGAUGAUUAAAUACUUGAACCAGUAUAACGGAAUUAUCAGCUCUCUUUCUCCAAAUAUUCGCAAAUUUGUGCUUCUGGAAGUUAAUGUUGAGCAAAUCUAUUCGAUCAUGAAAAAGAGAGCUGGAAAGAGGCAGGAUAAGUAUGGAGUCGAGGAAGACAUCUUCGAAAACUUGGAUGAAUUUUUAAUCGACGAUGAUUUAUUGCUUAGGGCACUGUCUGAAUCGGUUAUGUUUAUCAAGACUCGUAUUGUGACGUCAAAGCUUGCCCUUUUCAGGCCGCUUAUCUACUUGUUUCUCGAAGACAAAAUACUGUUUCUCGAAAUAGUUGAGGCUGCUUCAGCUGUGCUUCCUCGAAUGCAAAUAUCUCAAACUGACCAGGUGGUUCUCCAGGAGCCAGUGGACUCUCCUUUAACUGGAUCGUCUUCUGCAAACAACGAUACACAUGACACCUCUUCAAGAAACAACUCGAAUUUCGCCAACUUCUUGGGAGAAGAAACUUCGUACUUUGACAUGAGUAAUGCGUCACAUGUGUACCUGAAGAAAUUCCCAGACGAUGAUUUCAGUGAUCUCAUUGAGUACACCGAAGGGUGUGAUGAAUUUGAUAAGAACUUCAUUCGGAUUACUGAUAUGGCUGCAGCACGCAAACGUAUCCUUCGUGUUCUUGUUCGAAACUUUAUUACGUUGCCAAAGCUCAACAUCCCCAAGAUAGGUCUGCACAGACACGCCGGCUCGUGGUACUAUAUCCGCAACCUCUUUUUGGGAGUGGUGGUUCAGUUUUUACUUUACAAGAAAGUCCAAGAGAGUGUCAUGAAGAUGAUGGCUGCAGCGACUGAAACACAACUGAAGCAGCAAGUGGAGCUUUUCGAGACACUCAGUGAUGUGUUCAGUAGAGAUGCUGUGAAAGCAUCUUUGGAACACACACUUCUUAUUAUCAACUACUGGAAAGAAGAACGGAAGGACUGUCAUAUAUAUGGAGAGUACAUUCAGAGGUGUCUCAAGAGCCUUUAG